AUGUACGCAGCGUGGGCCGCGAUGCCGCGCUGUUACAUGGUAAAGAAGAGCAACCAGCGCCAUGACGGACCUCCCCCGUGCAGCCCCACCGAGGCCACCGUAGCGCCGCCGUGCUACAGUCCGGCCGAGGACCCCGCGCUCACUGAGCCCCGCACCACCGAGUAUGCGGAGCUGGGCUGCGGGCCGAUCCAGGAGCGCACGGCGGCCGACACCGAGGCCGCGCACGAGCUGCUCUCCCUCGCGCAGGGCGUGCCGCCGCUGCCGCCGCUCCCGCCGCCGCUGCCUCCCGCCGUGGUCACCGUCAUCGAGCCCACCCCCGCGCCGCUCCUCCCGCUAUACACGUACACCAUACAACCCACCAACAUAUACAUUAUUGCCGACGAACCACCGCUCCCCGUCUACACUACAGUUCAAGCCGUAGCGCCCUUUGAGUUCACCGGCAUCGAACCGCAACUCAACUACAUAACUUACCAGCCACCACCUCCGCCUCCUCCUCCGCCUCCGCCACCGCCGGAGCCGGAAGAAGAUUCUCCGCCGUCCCCUCCGCCGAAGGGACGAGCGAAAUACGACUGCGACGAGUGUGGCAAGCGGUAUGCGACUUCUUCUAACCUGUCGCGACAUAAGCAGACACACCGCAGCCUCGACUCGAUGUUGGCGAAGCGAUGCAACGAGUGCGGGAAGGCCUACGUGUCAAUGCCCGCCCUGGCUAUGCAUGUGCUGACGCACCGAAUGGGACACGAGUGCAGCGUGUGUGGCAAACAGUUCUCGCGACCAUGGCUACUCCGCGGGCACUUACGUUCUCACACUGGCGAGAAGCCGUAUCGCUGCGCGUCCUGCGGCAAGGCGUUCGCUGACCGCUCCAACCUGCGGGCGCACCUGCAGACGCACUCUUCCGAUAAGCAGUACCAGUGCUGCCGCUGCCGGCGCUAUUUCGCGCUAAAGAGCUAUCUCAACAAGCACCUAGAGACGUCCUGCCUGCCUCGCGGGGAAGGUCCCUGAGCGAGCGACGCGAUUUAUGCAACGAAAGUUUCUCUAUGAACUUCUUUACACCUUUGUAUUCAAAAUUAAAGUAGCGGCUCGUAGUUUCGACGGCGUCGAAGAAAAAAUAAGCAAUAAUAACGUACCUAAUAACGAUAGGGCUCUUUCCAUAAUUCUAAAUUUAAAAAGUAUAUAUAUUUUUCAAUUAUUAGUCCCGAGUCGGAAUCGUGUCAAUUUAUGGCAAGAGCCUAUAUGUUACAGUAGUGUAAUAUUUACACGUUAAUGUAUAGUUAAGUUAGCGUCGCAUGGGUGGUGUGACACUUAGAUAGUAGUUACGGUGAUACGUAGAGACUUAAUGAAACCGUCGAGCUGUGGUACUAAGAGAGCAAUAAAGUAAAGAGCGUAGAGUGCCAGUGAUAGGCGAUAGGCGACGCACGAGUAGCGUGCGAGGCGUAGCGAGUAGCUUAGCGAGUAGCGGCCCGAGAAGACCAAACUGUUGCUCGGGCACUGCCGCCAACCGCGGCCGCGUCCGCGUCUGCACCCGCCCCGCCCUCGCCCGUCACCAUCCCGCCGACGCUCGCGA